UUCCCUUCCCCAACGUCGUCCCAAGUUUGGGAAGCACUGACCUAGAAGAUAUAUCACUGGAUUGAAUCUAGUCCUCUGUCCUCUAUACAGCUAGUUUUUUGCACUGGAAUGGUGAGACUUGUGGCUGCUCCCCAAGUAAUAAGAAUGUCAUUAAUCCAGUAUCUCAGAUCCUUUUGUUUUUUCCAAUAUAAAUUACUGGGUGGUAAAAAGCAGUGAGUGGCAGCUUUGUAUCGACUGAGUUAUGGCAAAGAUGGCCUGCAUCAGUUGCUAAUCUUGCUUCUUGAUUAGUCUGAGUCCUAAAGCGCCUGUGCAGUAUUUUGCACUAAGGUGGAUGUUUAAUAGUAAUGAUAAUUAGCUAGCAGAAUGCAGUUUGAUGUUACUGAAAUCUGCCUAGGGCCAUUUAUAACCAAUUUUACAUGUAAUGUGCUAUUGUUUUCCUUUAUCUGUAUGUAUAUACAACCUUUAAAACACGGCUUUGGGGGUGGGGGUGGUUUGGUUAUUGCAUGCAUUUUCUCCAGUUAGCUUGUGACCUCUUUUGUACAACAUUUAGCAAUAACCACUAGUCUAAUAAAAGGUCCAAAUCCUCUAAAAACAGGGUUGCCCUCACUCCAGAUUGUGCAGGCAAGCCACCGUUUUUGGUAUGGUCACAAGUCUCAAGGUCACGUGGCACCCAUAAAAAGUAGCAUCCCAUUGCAAGAGCCCAUCGCCAAGAUGGGGAUAUUUUGAGGUGAGGUGACAAUGUAAGCGUCAGGACAGGAUGAUGACCAUUGAAAAUCCCCAUCUUACAAAUAUAUGGCAGAUUGAUAUUUUUUAAACUAUGCCCUGCUCUCUUCUGGGUGGGUCUUUUAAUUGUCUUAAAGGUUCAAACAAAAUUCUGAAUAUAUUAUCUUAAUACAGUUGAGUUAAUAUAUUAACAUGCUAGUGCCUUGUUUUGUUAAUCUUGAGAGUAGCUGCUAUCCAAUGUAAAUUAUGUUGUUAUCCUAUUUCACAUCAUUUUGUCGUGACUUAAUAAAACUGUACUAAUCAUGAAAAACGGUGACCCUGUGAGCAUGCCGUUUUCCAUUUGAUGUGCCAGCUGCAGCACUUCAUGCUGUUCCCAGGGUGGUGCUAACUGAACUGAUGCAAAUCUAGAGAGGUCUUUGCAGAACUGGAUGUUACACAUGCUGUUCAAAACACCUGUGUUAACUCUAGCUCCACUGAAAACCGAAAAAAUAGCUUAUGACAAAUUAUAGAAGCUAAUAUGAUACGAUGGAAUAGAAUAGUAAAAGUCCAGUUUUAAGGGGACCUGUGCCGUCAGAAGUAUUGACCGGACACCAUAAGUCCAGUUACCAUAAUUUUCUUUAGUUUUCUAGUGUGCUGUAAAAAAUAAAACCUGAAAUUAGCAUAAUAUAUCUGUCAAAACAAUAUAUUUGAUUGAAUCUUUGAAUAACUUUUUCAGUGCACAGUCAGAAGCAGUAGGGACCAACUAGCCUUUAAAGAGUUAAGGACCUAGUCAGCUGGCAUCAAUGGUCAGCAACAUAGUUAGCGUUGUGCCAUCCACAGUCAACGCUGUUUUAUCUAUCAGCUAAACUAUGCUGCAGUCACACUAGUGCGAGGUGAAAUGGCGGAACCCGAAAAGAAAAAGAUUCAAAGGCGGUGCUCUUUUAAAGACGAGUGGUUGCAACUCCCAGAGUAUCGGAAUUGGCUUACAAAGGCAAGUGAAGAGUCGGGAUACUGUUCUAUUUGUCGUGUUCAGUUCAAGGUUCACUUGGAUUCUGUAAAAGCUAUCCAGCAUCAUGCAGAGACAGCGGGUCACAAAAUCAAAGUACAAGGACAAGUCCAGUCCAGUCCAAUCGAUAAAUUCUUCGUAAAGACUGAUACUUCCGAAGAACAACAGGUGUGCAUGGCUGAAUUGCUCUUAACAUACCAUGGAGUUAAACACCAGCACAGCUACCAUUCUCAAGACUGUGGAAAUAUACUGUACCCCUCCAUUUUCACUGAUUCCAAGAUAGCUUCCAAAAUUCACUGUGGAAGGAGUAAAGCGGAGGCUUUGAUUGAGAAUGUAUUGGCACCCCAUUCACUAAAACUGGCUGUGCAAGACAUUGGCUCUACAUCAUUUUCAAUAGUGACAGAUGCUUCUAAUAAAGGGAACACAAAAUUAUUCCCAGUUGCCCUCCGCUACUUUAACAAAAAUAAGGGAAGCUGCACAUGUAUCGUAGACUUUUUAGAGGAUGCAGAUGAAACAUCAGAGGCAAUCGCAAACAACUUAAGGAGUUGUCUUCAAAAUGCUGGUCUGAUACAUAAUAAAAUUGUGGCAUAUGGAGCAGACAACGCAUCUGUCAAUUUUGGAAAACACGAGUCUGUUUUGGUGCACCUAAAACAAAUGUUGGAUUUACCAAACCUUGUGCCAGGGUAUUGCAGCACUCACAUAGUGCACAAUACAGCGAAACAUGGCUUGAAAAUGCUCUCUUAUGAUGUAGAGAAUUUGGUCAUCAAGGUGUUCAGUGAAUUCUCGUCCAGUGCAAAGAAUAUUAGUGAACUUAAAGAGUUCUUUGACUUCCUGGAGACAGAAUAUUCGGAAAUCUUACGCCAUGUACCUACACGUUUUGUGACCCUUUUCACUGCCGUAGACAGGUUACUGAAGCAUUGGCCUGCCCUCAAAUCUUACUUUGUGAACAAAGGAGAGGAAAAAGUGAGCUGCACAAUAUGGGCCUUUCUUCCUCAGCAAGAGGACGCAGUAUCCGAUGGUGACAUUAUUACACUUCCCGAGCUGUACAUCUACUUUGUGCACAACAUUCUGAGCCAGUUUAACAACACCAUAAAGGUUCUUGAAAGUGAUUUCAUCCAGGUAACUGAACUGCAUGGCGUAUUCAGCAGGCUGAGAAGAGAGAUUCAGAAUCGACAAGAGCAAGGCUUCUACGGGUACAAGGUGACACAGUUCUUGAAAAAACUGCCACCUAAUGAGCAGAAUAAAUUUGUUGGCGAUGCCCAACGGGCUUACACACGCAUGCUACAGUACCUGGAAAAGUGGUUUGAUUUCAGCGAAAACUCUUUCUAUGUGUUGUGUGCACCACUCAAUCUGGAUGGACCCCUUGAGCUAGACAAACUGUGCGCUUUGACUACAAGCUGGGACAUUCAAGUAGACGGAGAUGAACUAUUUACAGAAAUGUGCUCAUUGAAUGAUGCGCUACCAACCCUAAAGAGUUUGACAAAUGAUGCUGGAUCGACGUUUUCCCCACAGCAACAAGAGCGAAUCAAUGUCUCUGAGGUGUGGGUAGAAUUCUUUAAGCGCUGGGAGGCCCCGAACUUGCUUAAAAUUGUGCAGCAUGUGCUUGCUAUACCACCCACCAACGCAUUUGUGGAACGCGUUUUCAGUGUUAUGAAAAACCUGUGCACUAACAAAAGGAAUCAGCUCCAUGUGGACAUGGUGAAAGCUGAGUUAUUAGUGUACUUCAACUGUAAAAUGACAUGUGCCGAGUUUGCUGGAUUUUUGAAGACAAAAGCAGCGAAUGAGCUUGUGGUGGCAGCAAGAAAAGAACAAAAGUAUAAAUCAGGUGAGGAGAUGAUGAGUGAGAAUGUGGAAGAGAAUCCUCAGCAGGAAGAUCCUGAGCAAGUUGAAACUCACGGAACUUUAUUGGGUAGAGCUGAAGCGACUGUGUCCUGGAGUCCAGAGUGUGGAAAAGCUGGUGGGUCUCAGCACAACCCAGAGAGACAGCAGGGAAACCAGCCAGGGAAGAACAUGGGUAAAUCCACUCAAUGUGAAGGUGAUUCGAAGAAUCUUAGCAAAAAUAUGAUGCACCAGAGAUCCUCCAAAGGGGAGGGGAAAAACACAUGCACCGAAUGUGGGAAAAGCUUCAGCCGGAGUUUAUACCUUAUUAUACACCGCAGAACCCACACAGGAGAAAGACCUCAUAAAUGUCUUCAGUGUGGGAAAAAUUUUAUUGGCAUCCCAACCCUGAAAAAACAUCAGAAAAUCCACACGAGAGAAAAAUCCUAUCAGUGCCCCGACUGCGGGAAAAGCUUCGGGGAGCGAUCACACCUUCUAGGCCACCAGAGAGUCCACAGAGAAGCAAAAACCUUCAUAUGCUCUCAGUGUGGGGAAACCUUCUGUAACUGGUCAUCCUUUCUUAGACAUGAGAGAAUCCACACCGGAGAGAGAGCGAAGCCUUACAGCUGCCCUGAGUGUGGGGAGAACUUCCGUGAUAGGACUGGUCUUGUUAGGCAUCAGACAACUCACACGGGAGAGAAACCCUAUAACUGCCUGAAGUGUGGAGAAAGCUUCAGUCGGCGCUCAAACCUGACCAGGCACCAGAAAGUUCACACUGGGGAGAGACCCUAUAAGUGCCUCAAGUGCGGGAAAAGCUUCAGUCAGAAAUCAACCCGCAGUAGACAUCUGAGAACCCACUGGGGAGAAAACGAAUAAAUGCCCCGACUAGAACUGGCUGAAGUGAGUUAGACUGAAGCAGUUGAGACUAGCUUCCUUUUUAACUGCCAGAUUUCUGUGUGCUUUAAAAUCCACAUGUGGACUUGGAUUGUCCUGAAAAUUGCUGUGCCUCAUCUGGGCCGGGGGCAGAGCUAGGGGUGGGGGGUUGUGGCCAUUUGGUCUAGGGGUUCCUCUAUACAGCCCCCCAGUAAGAAGCUGCUUUUACCAUUCAGAUUGCUCUGAAACCCUGUGCCAAUUUAACCCCCAUGAAAAGCAGGAAAUAUAACAUUAGUGUACAUGCUACUCCCACAACAUAACCUUAACUCUGCCCUCUUUGUGUGAAGUCCCAACGUGCCAAUAACACACAUUUGCUCUCUACCUUUGCAGAUGCUACAGACACUUCAGGAAUAGAGCACUGAUUAGCAGUGUAGGACAAAUUUGGCCACCUUCUGUUGCUAAGGGAAGACACUGGGGUAGGUCAGGCAUAGUGAGCAGCUCUCACUUACACUCAGAAACUGAGCCUGCUCCGCACAAUCCACCCCAGAACAGCAAAAUGUUCCCAUGGCUUCACCCUUGCCCUGAGGAUUCCUUGGGAGACGUGGCUUUCGCUGACCCCGCAGUAAGCCCCGGAGUCAGAAGUGCAUUUCUCCUGGCAGAGCCUGCAGAACUCAGCACUGCAGUGAAGCAUAACUGACCCUUUUAAAGUACACCUGCACCUCUCCUGCUAUUCCAGGGCCAGCUCUGCCAGCCCACUCCAGCGAAUCUCUUCCCCACUCAGUACAGUGGCGCCUCACACAGCGAAGGUAGUCAAGUGCAUGCAGAUGAAUUCUAGGAUUCAGAUCUACGGAAUACAACACGAGCAAUGGUCCAUCUUCUUAGUCCUUCAUGUCUACUUAUUAUGGCAACACCUUCACUGAACCGUUCUCACUAGCUAUUGCCAGCUCCAAGGGGCAGAGUUAAGGUUGCGCUGUGGGAAUGACAUUUACCUUCAUGUCUUGGGUUUUACAGGUGUAGGUUUAGCCACUCGCCGCACUGGAGAAGGGCACAAGGCAGCACUGGGCAGCCUUAGCUCUGCAUUAACCAAGGUUUUGGACAGUUAAUAGAUUUGCUGAUUCCAGAAAUGUUGUCACCAUUUGACUUUUCAGAGUCUGGUGACCCAUCUCUGGUGUUAGGAGACAGCAGCCAGCCCCAGGGUCUUCUCCACCCGCCUCUGGCUCUGCCUGGGUUAGCAAAGGAAAAGCUCCGAUCAUCCUGUCCACCCUCCCAGCUGCUGGGAGUCCCUGUCCCAGCUGGAAUCUUCUCCCUCAUCUUACCUGGUUCCCCAGCCAGUGUCCUGUGGACUGGGUAGCCGGGGAACCGUUUGUACCCUUUAUUCACAAAGAGCCCCAGGGACCUGGGGCCAUCCAGUGUUUAGGGACUAGGAGAGGCGGGUGAUGGGCAGGGAGGAGCCUGUGUUUGAGCACGGGGGGAUGGGAACCCAGGGACUGAGUGUGUGAAUCAGUGAGUGAUGGUGAGAGCGCUGAGACUGGAGAACUCGUUGCACUAGCAGAGCACAGCUCGUCCUUACAAAGAGGAGCAGCAGCCGCAGCCACACCCAGAGAAGCUAAGACAGCAUUUGCCCAGCUGCAGCUGGCUCGCCGUCACAGUCCGAAGGGAUCUGGCAGCCCCUGGAGCGGCCAGCGGCUUGGAGAGAGACGGGGGUUCAGCUCAGGGAGUUCAGCCAGAGCCCUAGCGCGCUCUCUGGCAGUUGUAACAUUUGGUUAAGAUGCCAACAGAGUGCAGUGAACUCAAAGGGAAGUUAACGAAUGGCCGGAGUUCUGCCUCGCGAAGAAAUGUCAAGAGCAGCGAGGGCGCAGUUCUAAAGUAAUUCUCUGCAAUUGGGGCUGGCAACGUGGUGUCGUGUGUGUGUGUGUGAAGGAUCUGGAUUAUAUCAAUGGAUGAGGAGGUAAUUUGGACAUUUAAAUAAAACACUGAUUCUGGCCUGCA